GGGAGCCCGAGCAGUUGGCGCGAGCGGCGGGCGAGGCGGGGCGGGCGCGCCGGGGUCCCCUCCCCCUCCGCAGGUCCCCUCCGGAGCGCCCCGCGCAGCCCGCGCCCCGCCCAGGACAAGGUCAGGGGACGGAGGGGCGAUGCCCGAGGGCGACCGGCCGGAGCCGAGCGCAGGCGCCCGCCGCGGGGAUCUGUCCCUCCAGAGCGGGCCGCGGGACGGGGGCCGGCGCCGCUGAGCGGGCGGCGGGUUCCGCUCCGAUCCCCCCCGCCGCGGAGCAUCCCCCACCUCGCUGGCGAUCGCAGCCCCGCGCCGGCCGGGGGCGCCCGGGAAGAUGGAGCCGGGGGGCCGGGCCCGCGCGGGGUCCCCGCCGGCGGUCGCCCCCGGCCCCGGGAGGGCUCGGCCGGGGGGCGGCGGGGGCGCCUCCGCCUGGCUGCUGUGCUAUGGCUUCCUCUACCUGGCGCUCUACGCGCAGGUGUCCCAGUCCAAGCCGUGCGACAGGACCGGCUCCUGCUUCUCGGGCCGCUGUGUCAACUCCACCUGCGUCUGCGACCCGGGCUGGGUGGGGGACCAGUGCCAGCACUGCCAGGGCAGGUUCAAGUUAACAGAGCCUUCUGGAUAUUUAACAGACGGUCCAAUUAACUAUAAGUAUAAAACUAAAUGUACAUGGCUAAUUGAAGGCUAUCCAAAUGCAGUGUUAAGAUUAAGAUUCAAUCAUUUUGCUACAGAAUGUAGCUGGGAUCACAUGUAUGUUUAUGACGGAGAUUCAAUAUAUGCCCCUUUAAUAGCUGUACUUAGUGGUUUGAUUGUUCCUGAAACCAGGGGGAAUGAAACCGUGCCUGAAGUCGUUACAACAUCUGGCUAUGCACUGUUACAUUUUUUUAGUGAUGCUGCAUAUAAUCUAACUGGUUUCAACAUUUUUUACUCAAUCAAUUCUUGUCCUAACAAUUGUUCUGGUCACGGAAAGUGUACCACCAGCACCUCUGUUCCAAGUCAAGUCUAUUGCGAGUGUGAUAAGUACUGGAAGGGUGAGGCUUGCGAUAUCCCCUACUGCAAAGCCAACUGCGGCAGUCCCGAUCACGGCUACUGUGACCUCACCGGGGAGAAGCUCUGUGUCUGCAAUGACAGUUGGCAAGGUCCUGAUUGUUCUUUGAAUGUUCCUUCUACUGAGUCUUACUGGAUUCUGCCAAAUGUUAAACCCUUCAGUCCUUCCGUAGGCCGAGCGUCCCACAAGGCAGUUUUACAUGGCAAAUUGAUGUGGGUGAUUGGUGGAUAUACCUUUAACUACAGUUCUUUUCAAAUGGUCCUGAAUUACAAUUUAGAAAGCAGUAUAUGGAGUGUGGUAACUCUAUCACGGGGACCUCUCCAGAGAUAUGGACACUCUCUUGCUUUAUAUCAGGAGGACAUCUUUAUGUAUGGAGGCAGAAUCGAAACGAGUGAUGGCAAUGUUACAGAUGAAUUGUGGAUCUUUAACAUACAGCGUCAGUCUUGGAGUACAAAGACUCCUACUGUCCUUGGGCACGGCCAGCAGUAUGCGGUGGAGGGACAUUCAGCACAUAUUAUGGAACUGGACAGUAGGGACGUCGUCAUGAUAAUCAUAUUUGGAUAUUCUUCAAUAUAUGGUUAUACAAGCAGCAUACAGGAGUAUCAUAUCUCAUCAAACACUUGGCUUGUUCCAGAAACAAAAGGAGGUAUUGUUCAGGGUGGCUAUGGCCAUACCAGCGUGUAUGAUGAAAUAACAAAGUCUAUUUAUGUUCAUGGAGGCUAUAAGGCACUACCAGGCAAUAAAUAUGGAUUGGUAGAUGACCUUUAUAAGUAUGAAGUUAACACUAAGACUUGGACUAUUUUGAAAGAAAGUGGGUUUGCCAGAUAUCUUCAUUCAGCUGUACUUAUCAAUGGAGCUAUGCUUAUUUUUGGAGGAAAUACCCAUAAUGACACUUCCUUGAGUAACGGUGCAAAAUGUUUUUCUGCCGAUUUCCUGGCAUAUGACAUAGCUUGUGAUGAAUGGAAAAUAUUACCCAAACCAAAUCUUCAUAGAGAUGUCAACAGAUUUGGCCACUCUGCAGUUGUCAUUAAUGGGUCCAUGUAUAUAUUUGGAGGAUUUUCUAGUGUACUUCUUAAUGAUAUUCUUGUAUACAAGCCUCCAAAUUGCAAAGCUUUCAAGGAUGAAGAACUUUGUAAAAAUGCUGGUCCAGGGAUAAAGUGUAUUUGGAAUAAAAACCACUGUGAAUCUUGGGAAUCUGGGAAUACUAAUAAUAUUAUUAAAGCAAAGUGCCCUCCAAAAACAGCUGCCUCCGAUGACAGAUGUUACAGGUAUGCAGACUGUGCCAGCUGCACUGCCAACACAAACGGGUGCCAAUGGUGUGAUGACAAGAAAUGCAUUUCAGCAAGUAGUAACUGUAGUAUGUCUGUGAAAAACUACACCAAGUGUCAUGUGAGAAAUGAGCAGAUUUGCAACAAACUUACCAGCUGUAAAAGCUGCUCCCUAAACUUGAACUGCCAGUGGGAUCAGAGGCAGCAGGAAUGCCAGGCUCUACCAGCUCAUCUUUGUGGAGAAGGAUGGAAUCAUAUCGGUGAUGCAUGUCUCAGGCUCAAUUCCAGUAGAGAAAGCUAUGAUAAUGCCAAACUUUAUUGCUAUAAUCUUAGUGGAAAUCUUGCUUCAUUAACAACCUCAAAAGAAGUCGAAUUUGUUCUGGAUGAAAUACAAAAGUAUACACAACAGAAAGUCUCGCCGUGGGUAGGCCUGCGCAAGAUCAACAUUUCCUACUGGGGCUGGGAGGACAUGUCUCCGUUCACCAACACCUCGCUGCAGUGGCUGCCUGGAGAGCCCAAUGACUCUGGCUUCUGCGCGUACCUGGAACGGGCCGCCGUGGCGGGGCUCAAAGCCAAUCCUUGUACGUCCAUGGCAGAUGGCCUCGUCUGUGAAAAGCCUGUGGUGAGUCCGAAUCAGAACGCGCGUCCCUGCAAGAAGCCGUGCUCCCUGCGGACGUCGUGCUCCAACUGCACGAGCAACGGCAUGGAGUGCAUGUGGUGUAGCAGCACGCGGCGCUGCGUCGACUCCAACGCCUACAUCAUCUCCUUCCCCUAUGGGCAGUGUCUGGAGUGGCAGACGGCCACCUGCUCCCCUCAAAAUUGUUCUGGCCUGAGGACCUGUGGACAGUGUUUGGAGCAGCCUGGAUGCGGCUGGUGCAAUGACCCGAGUAACACAGGGAGAGGGCACUGUGUGGAAGGCUCUUCACGGGGGCCCAUGAAGCUUGUUGGAACGCACAACAGCGAGAUGGUUCUUGACACCAGUCUUUGUCCUAAGGAGAAGAACUAUGAGUGGUCUUUUAUCCAGUGUCCAGCUUGCCAGUGUAAUGGACACAGCACCUGCAUCAAUAAUAAUGUGUGUGAACAGUGUAAAAACCUCACCACAGGGAAACAGUGUCAAGACUGCAUGCCAGGCUAUUAUGGCGAUCCGACCAAUGGAGGACAGUGUACUGCUUGUACAUGCAGUGGCCAUGCAAAUAUUUGUCAUAUGCACACAGGAAAAUGUUUCUGCACAACCAAAGGAAUAAAAGGUGACCAGUGCCAACUAUGUGAUUCUGAAAAUCGCUAUGUUGGCAAUCCACUCAGAGGAACGUGCUAUUACAGCCUUUUGAUUGACUAUCAGUUUACAUUCAGCUUAUUACAGGAAGAUGACCGUCACCACACUGCCAUAAACUUCAUAGCAAACCCAGAACAGUCAAACAAAAAUUUGGAUAUUUCAAUUAAUGCAUCCAACAACUUUAAUCUCAACAUUACAUGGUCUGUUGGCUCCACAGCUGGUACAAUAUCCGGAGAGGAGACUCCUAUAGUUUCUAAAACUAAUAUAAAGGACUACAGAGAUAGCUUUUCCUAUGAAAAAUUUAACUUUAGAAGCAAUCCUAACAUUACGUUCUAUGUGUACGUCAGCAACUUUUCCUGGCCUAUUAAAAUACAGAUUGCAUUCUCCCAACACAAUACAAUCAUGGAUCUUGUGCAGUUUUUUGUCACCUUCUUCAGUUGUUUUUUAUCCUUAUUACUGGUGGCUGCUGUGGUAUGGAAGAUCAAGCAAACGUGUUGGGCUUCUCGUCGAAGAGAGCAACUGCUUCGAGAACGACAGCAGAUGGCCAGCCGUCCCUUUGCUUCUGUUGAUGUAGCACUGGAAGUAGGAGCUGAACAAACAGACUUUCUGCGAGGGCCAUUAGAGGGUGCCCCCAAGCCCAUUGCCAUUGAGCCAUGCGCCGGAAACAGAGCCGCCGUCCUGACUGUGUUUCUCUGUCUCCCUCGAGGAUCCUCAGGUGCCCCUCCGCCAGGGCAAUCAGGUCUCGCGAUUGCCAGUGCCCUCGUAGAUAUUUCACAACAGAAGCCUUCAGAGAAUAAAGACAAGACUUCGGGAGUCAGAAAUCGAAAGCAUCACCUCUCAACACGUCAGGGAACUUGUGUCUGAGAAGCAGAAACUGUGCCCGGCUCUUUCAGAGUAUUUGACUUUGCGGGUGGCUUCCUCUAAAGCUGGUCUCUGGCCUCGGCUCUGAUGGAGGCCAGCCCAUGUACGGACCGCAGGACCGAGUCCAGCUCCCUCCAAAUGGGUCAUGACCCAAGUGGCCAAAGAAUGCUCACAAGUUUUCUAGAAGUAACAGUAUUGAUGGUCACCGGCAAUGAAGUCAGUUUUUAUGACUCUCUUAGGCUUAUCGUAGGUAAUAUUAAAUUACUCUAGAAAAAAGAUGUAUAUUGUUUCUUAAUGCAGAUGAAAGAUAUGUAAUUCGUAUAAACCAAAUUGUUUAUAUCCCAAGACUUUAAAGAGAGACAUUUUAUAAUGCCUGAAUGAGGAGAAUUGUACAGUUUUUGCCUCAUACACAUAAACUUAAACCUCUUGUAUAUUUAAUGGGAAGUGAAUGGGAAAUUAACAAAUGGCAAUGGGUUUCAAUGCUAUUUUAUCUCGGUAUAAAUGUAAAAGCAAGAUUUUGAUUUCAUAGAAUGUAGGUAAUGUAUUUCAAUGUCUCACAUGACUCUCAUGUCCCAAACUCCGUCAGAGAAUGUGACAAUUUUCCACAUAGCUGGAAUGCAGGCCCAAAUUAGCCCAUUUGGAUGAAUGGUAUGUGCGACUUCACAGGAGGUUUAUUAGAAUUCUGAGUGAAGAGGACAUUCCUGUAGUCCAUGCCAACUGCCUAACUCAUUAUCAGAGCUGAUAGAGCAUGGAAGAGCCUGUCCAGCAAUCAGUCACUCCCCUCCUUCCAAAAAGCAAGCUCCUAAAACCGCAAACCUAAAUAGAGCGGAAGUCAUUUUGAGAGUAUGCCCAAGUCUCUUUCCAAGAUGGUAGUUUUUAAUUGCCUCCAAAUCACUGGAUCAGACCUCAGUGAUCCACUUGCAUUCUCAUAAGAACCCAUCCAUGAACGCCUUUGAUAUUUCUCUCCUCACUGCUAGAUUUUAUCUACUGUUCAAAGGUGUUAUGAGAAAUUUUUAGAGGCACUGCCUCCCAAAUUAUACCCAGGUUCACUCCUGCCAGCUCUUUCAUUUAGACAAUGUGGAGAGAAAAGCAUCCACAGUAUUUUUAUUCCUCUGACAUGAAUGCGUUGAUUCCAGGAGACAAAGUCUCCAGUUUAAGAAUAAACGCAUUGUUUUCCAAAUUCAGAAUAUUCUUAAUGACUCAUAACUGGCUAAUGGUAGAAAGGAAGAAUGAUAUUAAACAACUUUCACAUUGAAACAUACAAUCAUUUGUGUCCUAAUAACGACAAUAGUUGAGGAGCUUCAGAGCAUGAAAGAUAUUUGGAAGGGGAGUUUCUUUACUUCCAAAUGGCUAUAGGCUACAAUCAGAGCCAUGGCAGGAGAUCUAAAACUUCCGUAUAUGAUAUGAUAUUUUUGCAAUAUGAAGAUCACUUAAAUAUAAUUGAUGUUUAGUACUAUCUAUGGACUUUUCAUGUUCUUUGGAUUUCUGGAGGAAGAUGACACUUCACUGUUUACAGCUAAUGCAUAGUUUCCCGCAUGCUAUGGUUGUGCAGUAGCGGAAUAUGACCCCAUUGUGAUAUUAAAUGUUAAUUUCAUAAUGCCAUUUAUCCAUAGGCAGCUUAAUUUGAUGAGAUUCGAAUGUAAUAUAUAACAGGAAUGAUCAUACAAUAUGUAGUUGCAUCGUAUAUAAGAUUGCUAGGUUGCAUCUAAACCAUUCCUAUGUCAUUGUUUUGGUAAUUAGGAUCUUAUGAAUUAUAGUAUAUAUUCCUUAUGUUGGCAUGAUGGUUUUGCUAUUUUACAUGUAUUAAAAAUAAGACUAAUUCUUAGAGUAAUUUUAUCUAAAACCUGUGGGCUUUGCGGGAGGAGUGGAGCUGGUUGAUUUUAUUUCCCUUUAGUAUAUUCUUUCUUCAAAAAAAAGGGGGGAGCAACAUUUGUAAAACAUCUCCUAAAAGCAAUCAACUAAUUUUAUUAGCUUCUUUUUGAACUAUUUAAUGUUGAUUAUUCUCCUGGGAAAAUAAAUCGGCAAAACUGGUGAUUACAAAAGUAUAAAUCAUUUUAAAAAUAAACAAUUCCCCAAUUAGUUGAAUUCUCUUACCAGUUGUCAUGAAAGCGAGGUUAUAUAACAGAAACACAAAGCAUGUCGAGUCGUAUGUGAAAAUCUACUUCAGCUCUAUUUUCAGAGACACGCAGAAAACAGUAUUACUGUAAAAGAGUUGUCAGGCUUCAUCCCCUGGGUUCAAACUGGAAAACUUGAAUUUUAGAAAAUUAAGGGACAGAAAGCAAUGUGAAGUUAAAGUCAUCCUAUACCUUUCUGGGCCAAAUAUAGCUAGCUCUGUGACUAAUUAUGCAGUAUCUUCUUGACUUAUCAAAGCUUUUUACUAGCAGUGAAAUUCUUUACCCUCUAGGGCAGAAGAUUUAAAAGCCCUUAGGGAUCAUGACUUAGAAUCUGUGUCAUGUUCCUUCCCUUCCCACUCCUCCAACUUUCCAAACACUUUACACUUGACUCUUAUCUUUCCUUUUCUUUUAUCCUUUUCUUUCUUUUCUUUUUUAAAUCAAAUCACAGGUAUAUACAGACAUUUUUCAGGAGUUAGUGACUGAAUUUCUUGAAAACCUAGCAUUAUGGUGGUGUUUUGUUGUUUUUUUUUUUUACUUUUUACUUUUUUUUUUUUACUUUACUUUUUUGUUCAGAAUGACUUUAGUUCAGAAGCCUUUUUGAGAGUAAGUUUUCUUAUUCUUCCCAAUAAGGAAGGGCUGGAGUGAUAUAGCAUAGCGGCAGGGCGUUUGCCUUGCACGCAGCCAAACUGUGUUCGAUUCCUCCGCCCCUCCUGAGAGUAUCUCGCCCGCACGGCAGAGCCUGGCAAGCAACCCGUGGCGUAUUCAAUAUGCCAAAAACAGUAACAACAAGUCUCAAAAUGGAGACGUUACUGGUGCCCGCUCAAGCAAAUCGAUGAGCACGGGAUGACAGUGACAGACAGCGAUGGAAAUGGGGGUUGUGGUAAAUAUAAUGAGGUUUUAAUAUUAAUUGGGGAACACUGCACUGGAAAAUUCUUGUUGAAAGAGAUGCAUGGGUGUUGGGGUCUCAGCAGCCAGUCUGAGACCCUGGCCAAAUCCCCUGCCCUUAGAGAUAGAAACAGGCUCUCUUCAAACAGGGCCCCAAGGCCCUGUGCCAGCACUCCACCCAGAAGGGCUCCCUGGUCGAGGAGAUAGUGGGAUAAAACUUGAAAGUCACCACUUGUCUGAGCUAAGCAUACCCGGCCUUGGAAGGAGGGAACAUAAAUCAUCAAUUAACAUCUGUAAAGGGCCUAGCAAAAUGUUUUCUUCAGAGCUGAUAACCAGGUGUCCUGGUUAUCAAUUGGUUACCCCAAUCAAUUUCAUAAAUUGUAAGAAGAUUUUGAUUCUCAUCACUGCUUUCAAAUGGAAAUUUAUUGUAAUAAUCAUAGAAGAGGUGUGCACGUCACCAUAAUGUUUCAUGGGAAAACGUCAAAUUGGAGUAUUUAAAUAUGUCCUCAAUGCUUACUGUACUGCCCAAUGCCUCGUUUCCCUUGGGUCUCCAUAGACAGAGGUGUCCCUCUUCCCUAUAGGAUUAUUACCGUGUAAAGUUGUGGGUAGACCUCAGGACAGACUUUGGAACGGGCCUUGAGCUAUGGGAUUCUGAGCAACACUUAACCAUUUGAAACCUAAGAUUUCCCAUCACUGAGGGCAGAUUGUGGUAUUUAGGGUGCAGAGCUGCCUCGAGUGAGAAGAUAAUCAGUAGGUCACAGCCCACCUCAGAGCGGUAGAGCACAGGUACCAGAGACUUAGCAAGCACAGAGCCACCAGGCCCUGCCACUCUUUCUGCCACUGUUUUAUGAAUCCAUCGGUUGAUUUUGUUUCAUUCGUCUUUUCACCAUAAGUAAAAGCCAGGUAAUGUUUUGGAAAGAAAGACGUCAUGCAAAUAAUGAAUAAGCUCCUAUCUUUGUAGAAUAUAAAGUUUCUAAAAUAAAAACAUUUUGACAUUUA